AUGUGUCAAGAGAUAAUAUCCGGUGCUUUUGUCACACCAACCACAAACCUGACAAUUGAAGGGAUCUCUGUCAACUUAACCUGUGAUGCUGCUGGCUCUGUCUUUACCAGAAACUGGAUGAAGGAUGGCUCAGAUCUGACUCUGGCUGAAAACAUGAACCUUUAUGACAAGAGCAAAGUGCUGUCUUUCAACAGCCUGAAAACGACAGACGGUGGGGAAUAUUCCUGUAAAAUCAGCAACCCCCUCAGCAACGAUGAAGCUAAAUACAGCAUGGUUGUGAUCUAUGGUCCAGAAAAGGUUCAAAUCAAAGGUCGAAGUGAGAUACAUUUGGGAGAGUCCUUCACAUUAACCUGCUCUGCUGAUUCCACACCACCUGCUACCUACAUCUGGAAACUGAAUGGGACAGAGAUACACAACUCUGCUAAGUUCACUACAGACAACGCUGAACUCUCUGACAGCGGCAACUACACCUGUCAAGCGAUGAAUAGUAUAACUGAGAGAACAUCGAUUGCAGUCCAUGGAUUGUCUGUANAAGCCAUCCCAGUCAAACCAUCCGUCUGUUCGGGUGGUUGCAUCGCUGGAAUAGUAAUCGCAGUUUUAGUGGUCUGUGGAGCCGCUGCUGGUGGAGGGUACUACAUGUAUAAAAAAAAAACAUUGAAGAAAAAUCUCUCUAAUAACAACAUUGCUACCAGAACGGGAGGUGAAGGCCAGAACAACUCUGCAUACUCAGCAAGUCAGGAGUUGAACUAUGCAGAUAUCAGUUUCCAGAACAAAGAUGGCGGGAGAGUCCAGCUGGGGUUACAGAAUAACCCAUCGGAAUACGCUCAGGUCAAAGUGAACAACAAUCCUCCGGCAGCGUCCUCCCCUCCUACCUAUGAUGCCCACCUGCAGCGAACAAAGAGGCCAGCUCCUUUGCCUGAUGACAAUCCCGCACAAGUUUACGCUCAAGUUCGCAAGAACUGACCACACUGCGUAGGAUGGAUCAUCUGGUGAGGUUAUACUGGAGAAGCAGCUGACGUUUGGUUAGAGAAACCUGCACUUUCCUCUCAGUUCCUUUUUAUAGAGGACUAAUUUAUGUCAAAGCACUUUAGCAGUGGUUAAUAAACAACCAGGUAUUGAAAUGACUGAGGUCUGAUGGUACAAUGGUGGCCUGUUGGCUUGCAUUCACCACAUAUAAUAGCUUUCUUUUUUUUCUCCAGUCAAUGCAAAGUGCCGAUAUCUGAGGGGAAAUAAUCUCUCUGUGUGGUUCAGUUGUUUUGCUUGAGCAUAACGUUUGACGCUGGUGAGGUGUCUGAUUUGACUCCAUGUGUAUACUGUGUGAUUCCAGUCAAGAUUACAGCUAGUCAGUCAUGGAUUCAUUUUCAUAUUUAUUUUUUUACAAAAUGAAAAAUAUAAUUUAUUUAACAAUAUUUAAUUGACCUUUUGAUGGUAUUUGUCAGGACUGUUGUUAAUACACCUUGAGCUUGUCAGUACAAUGGUGAAGUAAUGACCUUGCAUUGGUGGAUAGAUUUAUUUAUGUUAUCAGUUGGUGCAACAGGAACAGUUGAAAGAUCAACAGAAAGGGAAGGUCUGCAGCCAAGAUAAUCCAAAACUCAACCAUGACUUAAAAACUAACCAAUACCGGCUCCGCUGGAAACAUAAACAGUAGUUGAUAGCCUACAAAAAAGGAGUCUGCAUAAGUAGUUAUUUGAUGGAUAUCUACAGGUACAAUAAAUGCUUUUCUUUAAGUUUUGAAGUAAGUCCAACAGGCAUGCGGAAUCUGGCUUGUAAAAACUAUCUUUUCCCGCAAGUGAUCAUCAGAGUAAUUCAGGACAAGUUUAUGAUACAGUAAAUGUCAUUAAAAGUUGCUAUGUUAUAAAAUGAUACGAUGCUUUUCCCAUCAGCAUACCUCCCUUAAAGGGCUCAAGCCAACAGGGAAGUAAUUCAAAGAAGUGAAACUUUGCAAAUACAAAAUAGAAGCAAAUUUACAUUGCCAAAAACACAUUUGGUGUGACUUCUAAAACCUGUAGAUAGCCCAACUUUAUGAAGACAUUUCUUUUUACAGCACUUUAGAACUUGUGGACUGUAUCAUUAUUCUAAGACAUUACAUGCAGUGUGUUUGCAAUGGAAGAUGGUUUUCUUUAUUAUUAAAUCAGAAAACACCGUGUGAUCUGAUGAUCACUUUGAGACAAUAUGUAAGUAUUGGUGAUGGUAACAGCAUGUGCAAGGACUAAAUCAAGAGAUCUUUGAUUUUGAUUUUUUUAAAUAAGAAAUGUAAACCCUUUGACACCGUUUCGCUACGAGAGCAGUGAGUGUAAUCCAAAACAUUGUGGCCAGUUGAAACAAUGAGCCGAAACUUGCUAUAAAGCUACGUAAAGCGGAGCGGAGCUGUAGAAUCGCCUGAUAAUUCUCUGGAGGUUCAUCACUAUGAGCAACCUCUUUCACAUUAUCACAUUGUCAUUUAAACUUUGUAAGUAUAAAAAUAUUGAUUACAGCUUUCAGUAGACAGAUGUAGAACAGAUUGUAUCUGAUAUCACAACAAAUGCAUACUAUAUACUGUAUAUUAUAAAUGUGUAUUUAAAGAGUGAGGCUUCAGGUGAAGGUAGAAAGUAAUUUGUCCUCAGCCAGGCGCCACAUUGACUCAGCCAGGUCAGUGCUAUCAGACUUUAUACACAAGUUCUAUUUUAGUUACUAGCUUUUUAUAGAUUACAAGAAUGAAGUCUCCCAAUCUGAGCUAAUGACCAGAUGUCUCCGCCCCCAUUGGUUACUCAUUACUAUAGUAAAGAUCAAACUCCCUGUUUGUUAUUCACAAGGUUGAUUUUUAAAUGCAUUGUAAGCAAGUAUUGUUUUACAAAGUUUUCCUCGUUUUUACUAUCAUCAAACUAAAUCCUGUAACUUAAAAUUAAAUUAUUUACCCAUAUUGAUGACAUUGAGGUAUUUUACUGGUAUUUUAAGGAGAUAAUCAAUGUAUUAAUAAAUGGACUGUAAUAUAUGAUGGUACUUUUAAUAGUAUAUAUGCACUGUUUAAGUUAUAAAUUAACAGGUGGUUUUAAGGUUUUUUUUACCCCCUAAAAGGCCUUAGUUUUUUAAUUAAGGUCAAGUUAAUUUUAUUUAUAUUGUGCCAAAUCACAACAGAAGUUAUUUCAUGAAAAGUUACAUAUAGAACAGGUCUAGACUAGAGCUGGGCAAAAUGCAGAAAAUAAAAUAUCACAAUACUAGACACCUCGAUAUCGAUUAUGUAGGUUUGACUAUGGUGCUUUCACUAAAUAUUUACACAAAGAGAUUUAUGAUAAAUACUCAGUAAUGUGGAUAUAAUGGCUAAGUGGGUAAAUAAUAAAUAAUAAAACCGCUAGAACAGUCUGGUAAAUUCAGAAAAUGACAUCACUUUAUGGAAAGGCAGCCUUUAAAACCAGAAAAAGACAACGCUUACGCCAUGUUAGGAUAUAAUGAUAUCCAAAAUCUAAUCUAAAAGAUUAGAAAGACAAUUUCUAAUCUUGUAUCACAAUAUCAAUACAAUAUUGAUAUAUUGCCCAGGCCUAGUCUAGACCAUAUUUUACAAACCCACAGUCCCCCCCCCGUCCCUUAACAGGAAGAAACCUCAUACAGAAUCAAGCAUGAGGUAGGCAACCAUCUGCCUUGACCCAUUAGGUUGAAGGUAUAAAUUAACGGGUGGCUUUCAUGGUUUGGUUUGCAGUCUGAGUCUGAUUAUACAAUAUCUUGUCUUUGUUUUCAUAUUUGCAAGUUUAUGGUACAUUCCAUAAAUGCAGUGAACAUGAAAAUAGGUGUCUGUUAUUUACAAUGCCAAAAGUCAAUAGUGAACCACAAAUGUAGGGAACAUUUUGAAGAGAAUGAAGUGCAGUGCGAAAUCUGAAAUGGUCCUAUUUGGUGCCGGUUAGCUUAUGUUACUAAUAAUCAUUGUAUAAUCUUUUUGAUAUUGACUACUGCUUGUCAUUUAAAUUGUUUUGAAAAAUAGUGAUAACACCCAAAGAA